CGGGCGCCAGGAGGUGCGUUGAACGCAUGCGUCCUGUGGCAACCUAGAAAAAGGGGCUGCUGGCGGGCCGCGGAGACAUGGAGCAGGGCUACGGAGGCUAUGGGGCGUGGAGCGCAGGACCUGCCAACACCCAGGGUGCAUACGGAACCGGUGUGGCCGGCUGGCAAGGUUAUGAAAACUACAAUUAUUACAGCACCCAGAACACCAGCGUUACCACAGGAGCAACUUACAGCUAUGGCCCAGCCUCCUGGGAGGCCACCAAGGCCAGUGAUGGUGGCCUGGCAGCAGGGGGCCCUGCUGUGCACAUGGCCUCUUUUGGCCCAGAGCCGUGCACCGACAAUUCUGACUCCCUCAUUGCCAAGAUCAACCAGCGCUUAGACAUGAUGUCCAAGGAAGGAGGCAGGGGCGGGAGCGGCGGCGGUGGGGAGGGCAUGCAGGACCGGGAGAGCUCCUUCCGCUUCCAGCCCUUUGAGUCCUACGACUCCAGGCCUUGCCUGCCUGAGCACAAUCCCUACCGUUCCAGCUACAGCUAUGACUAUGACUUUGACCUGGGGUCCGACCGCAACGGCAGCUUUGGUGGGCAGUACAACGACUGCCGGGACCCAGCCCGAGAGCGGGGCUCCCUUGAUGGUUUCAUGCGGGGUCGGGGCCAGGGUCGCUUCCAAGACCGCAGCAACCCCAGCACCUUCAUGCGCAGUGACCCCUUCAUGCCGCCCUCAGCCUCCUCUGAGCCCCUGUCUACUCCUUGGAACGAGCUGAACUACGGGGGUGGCCGGGGCCUGGGCGGCCCCUCCCCCAGCAGGCCACCUCCGUCCCUCUUCUCCCAGUCCAUGGCUCCUGACUACGGUGUCAUGGGCAUGCAGGGGGCGGGCAGUUAUGACAACACGAUGCCUUAUGGAUGUGGCCGGUCACAGACCCGGAUACGGGAUCGGGAUUGGGACUGGCCCAGGAGGAGAGGGUUUGACCGCUUCGGACCAGACGGCAUGGGCAGGAAACGGAAGCAGUUUCAGAUUUACGAGGAACCGGAUGCCAAACUGGCCCGGGCUGACAGUGAAGGGGAUUUUUCUGAAAACGAUGACGGAGCUGGUGACUUCCGGUCAGGAGAUGAAGAAUUCAGGGGUGAGGACGAAUUCUGCGACUCCGGGAGGCAGAGAGGAGAGAAGGAUGAGGAGGACGAGGAAGUGAAGAAGAGAAGAGAAAAGCAACGGAGGAGAGACAGGAUGCGGGACCGGGCCGCCGACAGGAUCCAGUUUGCCUGCUCCGUGUGCAAGUUCCGGAGCUUUGAUGACGAAGAAAUCCAGAAGCAUCUGCAGAGCAAGUUUCACAAAGAGACGCUGCGGUUUAUAAGCACCAAGCUGCCUGACAAGACGGUGGAGUUCCUCCAGGAAUACAUCGUAAACAGGAACAAGAAAAUUGAGAAGCGGCGUCAGGAGCUAAUAGAAAAGGAAAGCACAAAACCAAAACCAGAUCCUUUCAAAGGGAUUGGCCAGGAGCACUUCUUCAAGAGGAUCGAGGCCGCCCACUGCCUGGCCUGUGACAUGCUGAUCCCAGCACAGCCGCAGCUCCUCCAGCGGCACCUGCAUUCCGUCGACCACAAUCACAACCGCAGGUUGGCUGCUGAGCAGUUCAAGAAAACAAGUCUCCAUGUGGCCAAGAGUGUUUUGAACAACAGACAUAUAGUCAAGAUGCUGGAAAAAUACCUCAAGGGUGAGGACCCUUUCACCAAUGAAACUGUUGACCCAGAAAUGGAAGGAGAUGACAAUUUAGGAGGUGAGGAGAAGGAAGAGACACCUGAGGAGGUGGCCGCAGAAGUCUUAGCCGAGGUGAUUAUGGCCGCAGUGAAGGCCGUGGAUGGGGAAGGAGCACGGGCUGCAGAGAGCAGUGAAGUCCCGGCUGAAGGGGAAGGCCCCGUGGACACGGCGGCGGCCAGCAGCAAUCUCCAGGCUGAACAGCCUCUAGAAGAGGAGACACCCUGUGAAACAGCAUCUGGGAACGGGACCACUGAGGCCAGAAGUGAGGCUGAGACACUGGCAGCCGAGGCAGAAAGCACAGGCACAGCGGCCGUUCCUGCCCCAGCUGCCAUGGAAGCUGAAGUGGAACAAACUGACACAGAGUCCAAAGAUGCCAUUCCCACAGAAUGAUCCUGAUUUCCCUGUUUCAAGGGAUGUGCUGUAGAAUGCAUUGCUUUUUCUUCCUUGAUUUGUAAGCAGUACUAGGGUGUGUGUUGCUGGAAUAUGCUGUAAACUAAUGGGUGAAGAGACCCGGCCAUCUCCUUCCGAAUGGUGUAGUUCACGGACUUGUUCCGUACAGUUGAGUGGCUUCCCGCCUGGGUUUAAAAGCCGCAGAAGUUGUACGUUCCCCCCAAGCAGCUGUGACAUGUCUCUUUACACUGUAGUUGGAAUAAUAAUAAAGAUUGGGUGAUUAGGUCUUGAUGGUA